UGGGACCAGCGCCGGGGUAACCGGACUGGGACCAGCGCCGGGGUAACCGGACGGGGACCAGCGCCGGGGUAACCGGACGGGGACCAGCGCCGGGGUAACCGGACUGGGACCAGCGCCGGGGUAACCGGACGGGGACCAGCGCCGGGGUAACCGGACGGGGACCAGCGCCGGGACAGCGCCGGGAUAACCGGACGGGGACCAGCGCCGGGGUAACCGGACGGGGACCAGCGCCGGGAUAACCGGACGGGGACCAGCGCCGGGGUAACCGGACGGGGACCAGCGCCGGGAUAACCGGACGGGGACCAGCGCCGGGGUAACCGGACGGGGACCAGCGCCGGGGUAACCGGACGGGGACCAGCGCCGGGGUAACCGGACGGGGACCAGCGCCGGGAUAACCGGACGGGGACCAGCGCCGGGGUAACCGGACGGGGACCAGCGCCGGGAUAACCGGACGGGGACCAGCGCCGGGGUAACCGGACGGGGACCAGCGCCGGGGUAACCGGACGGGGACCAGCGCCGGGAUAACCGGACGGGGACCAGCGCCGGGGUAACCGGACGGGGACCAGCGCCGGGAUAACCGGACGGGGACCAGCGCCGGGGUAACCGGACGGGGACCAGCGCCGGGAUAACCGGACGGGGACCAGCGCCGGGGUAACCGGACUGGGACCAGCGCCGGGAAAGCAGGGCAGGAGUGGGACCCGGAUAACAAGACUGGGAUCCAGGGGCCGGGACCAGCAGUGGGACAGCGGACCCCCAUGGCAGACGGCAGCGAACCCCCCCGCUGCGCCCCCGCCCCCGCUGGCACCCACGGCCCAGGCACCCAGACAUGCCGGCCUGUACCACGGAUCCACACCUUCGGGAAGGGGGGGCAGGCGCUGCGCAGGGACCCCCAUGUCCCCCCCGCCUUGCGGGGCUGGCUGCACAAGCAGGACAGCUCAGGGCUGCGGCUCUGGAAGCGCCGCUGGUUUGUGCUGGUCGACCUCUGCCUGUACUACUACCGGGACAGCAGCGAGCAGCGAGUGCGGGGAGGAGUCCCCCUGCCCGGCUACGAGAUCCGUGUCCUGCCCCCCGCCCCCCGCGCCCCCCAUUUCCUCUUUACGGCCGAGCACCCCGGGAUGCGAACGUACUGCCUGGGGGCCGAGACCCCCGAGGAGCUGAACACCUGGGUCUGCGCCCUGCGCCGGGGCGCGUCACCCCUUCCCGGCUCCCCCUACUCCCUCUCCCUGCAGAUGCCCCAGGAAUGCCAGAGUGAGGGUCCCCCCUCACCCCCAUUGCCCACCCACCCCCCUGGCUGGUGUUCCCUGUGCCCUCUGGGUGAGGAGCUGGGGGACACUGCCCUGCCCUCUUCUCACCGCUCCCUGGUCCCUUCACUGCCCCCCAGCAAGGAGGAGGCCCCGGCCCGGAAGGGUCCUUGCGGGACGGAGGACACGCGGGGGGUGCCGCAGCGGGUCCCCGUGGGCGCCGGCGCCGCCGCAGGUGGGCCCCGGCCCCGGCCCCGCCCCCGCGAGCUCCGGCCCCGCCCCAUCCUGACCCCGCCUCUCCUAGGGAGGAGCCCGCAAGAGCUCCGCCCCCCGGGAGCAGCGCCCAACCAGCAGCUGCCCCCUCCGGAGCAAGACGCCGCGGCCAAUCAGACACCGCUCUCUCCAACUGUCUCUUCUGAUUGGCUGCUGGCUCUCGAGAGCGUCGAUGAGGCCCUGACCUCCCAGGGCACCGCCUCCCCGCCGGCAGCCAAUGAGACCUCGCGCUGGCGGUGGGCGGGGACGAGUGGGCGGGGCUCGGAGCGAGAAGGUGUGGCCGGCCGCGGGGCGCGCCGGCCAAUCAGAAUCACCCUUCUCCAGGCCAGCUUCUGAGGGGGGGGGGGGGGGGGGGGCG